AAGAUAAGCUGUGUUGUUAUGGAGUGCUGACAGGCACGUGAGCAGUGCUACGUCAUCGUAAACACCAGCGGGCGACAUGGCGGCUGCUGCAGCUGGCAAGGUUGUAUAUGAGCAAGAUGGCAUUUUUAUUCACAGCACAGAAAGAAAUGAAGACCAAGAUUCCCUCAUUUCAGGCAUACUUCGGAUUAUUGAAAAGGAUGGUGACUUAGUGGUGGAAUAUAAACCAGUGGAAGAUGGUGUUGAUUUAUCAAAUAUGCUUUAUGCAGGAAAGGAUUCCAGUUCAGUUGUAGAAUGGACACAGAGUCCCACAGAAAAGACACAAAAGAAUGCAGAACAUCAGCACAGCUAUGAAGCUGAAUGGGAUAUGAUCAACACUGUCUCCUUCAAAAAGAAACCUUACACAAAUGGAGAAGGGACAUCAAACCAUGUACAUGAAAGAAGCAAAUGGGCCUUCUUCUUUAAUGUGAUUGACCUCAAAACAAUUAAAAUAAAGCUGGAGGGCUGGUCACAUCUCGUCUUCUGCCUUAAAGAUGAAACUUCCUUACCUGCCCUUCAUUUCCAUCAAGGAGGCAGUGAUUUGUUCAUAGAUUGCCUUAAGAACUAUGUGCUGAUAAAUGAGUCUCUACUUGAUGAAAGAGUUUUAGUUGUCAGCAACUGCAACAAGGCUCUUUCUCAGUCCUUUGAGAACUUGUUUGAUGAUACCACGUUUGGCCUUGUUCAAAAAUUUAGGAAAGAUCCUUACACAACAACAAUGGGAGGCUUUUCUAAAGUUACCAACUACUUAUUUGAUGCAUUUAGAGGGGCUGAUGUUGAACACCAACAACGACCAGCCGCAGAAAUGGCAGACAUUCUGAAUGAGGUCAUUCCAGGGCUUGAAAUCAACCACCAGGAGGAGCCAGGCUUUGAAGUAAUUAAAAGAAUUGAUUUGGGCACAAAGCCAGACAUUCAGAGAAGAGAACCAGUUUCUCUUGAAGACUGGGCUGAGAAUAUGGACACAGAAGGAAGAAUACAAAAUGUUCAUGAUUUAAAGCAAAGAAUUUUCAAUGGGGGACUUUGCCAUGCAGUAAGAAAAGAGGCUUGGAAAUUUUUGCUGGGUUACUUUCCUUGGAACAGCACAAGAGACGACAGAAAGGUUUUGCAAAAAAGAAAAACUGACGAGUAUUUCAGAAUGAAACUGCAGUGGAAAUCAGUCAGUGAAGAGCAAGAAAAAAGAAAUUCAAGAUUAAGAGAUUACAGAAGCCUUAUAGAGAAAGAUGUGAACAGAACAGACCGAACCAACACGUUUUAUGAAGGUCCAGAUAACCCAGGACUUAUUUUACUUCAUGAUAUUCUGAUGACAUACUGCAUGUAUGAUUUUGAUCUUGGGUAUGUUCAGGGAAUGAGUGAUUUACUUUCUCCAGUUCUCUAUGUAAUGGAAAAUGAAGUGGAUGCCUUCUGGUGCUUUGUGUCCUUCAUGGAUCAGAUGCACCAUAAUUUUGAGGAGCAGAUGCAGGGGAUGAAGACCCAGUUGAUUCAGCUUGGCACUUUACUGCGCUUGCUAGACCUUGCAUUCUGGAAUUACCUUGAAUCACAAGAUUCAGGAUACCUCUACUUCUGUUUCCGGUGGCUUCUAAUCCACUUUAAACGGGAAUUCAGCUUCCAGGAUGUACUGCGGCUAUGGGAGGUGAUGUGGACUGGAUUGCCUUGCCAAAACUUCCACCUGCUUGUUUGCUGUGCCAUAUUGGAUUCUGAGAAACAGAAAAUAAUGGAUGAAGAUUAUGGAUUUAAUGAAAUUCUCAAGCACAUCAACGAGCUUUCCAUGAAACUGGACGUGGAAGAGGUUCUUCGUAAAGCUGAGGCAAUCUGUUUUCAGAUCAAAAAUUGCAAGGAUUUACCUUAUGCAGUUCGUGAGAUCCUGGAAGUGAUGCCUGACACAGACGCCCCUGCAGCAGAGAUAUGCGAACAUGGAGCACUUGAUACCAGGAGCCCACCUAAUGCAACUUGCACAGAUGAGUUACAGCCAAACUCUGUGCUGAAUGGAAGGGGCGGAAAUUCAGGGUGCAGGGAGACAGCACAACACGUUUCCAAUUUGGCACAUGUAUAGAACUGGAAAACUAAGCAGUCUUUAUACCAACAACAUUUUGUUUUUCCCACCAACCUCAAACAUACAAAGGGUUUGAUUUUAAAUGUUUGGUUUUCAAAAGGUGGUAAUUUUAAAUAAGUUUCUUAUACUUUGGCACUAUUGGUAAUGGAAAAAAGGAUCAACAAAGAUAGCAGAUCUAAUUAUUUUUGUAAUUACUUGUACCAUUGUGUCCUUUCAUUCUAAAUAAGCAUUCCUUUUUCGCUUAUUGAUGCUACAUAUAUUUCUUACUAUAAGAAAGUGGGGGUUCGGAACAGGUUGAUCUUUUUGAAUAAAAUGUUCCGAAACAUGUAUAAAUACAUUUUAAAUCUUGGUAAGUCUAACAAAGUUAAUCAGCUUUGUAAAAAAUAAAAAAAGUUUAAAGAAGAGCAGUUGUAAUAAUCAUGGAAUGGUAUAAUCAUGGACAGGAAGAACAGUUUGGACGCUAAUUGUAAGGUGCAAAUGACAGUAUUGUUUGUGGCAAUGUUGAUUGAAGACACAUGCAAAUCAUUCUAAAGACCACAAACAUGAAUGUUUUAUCUUGCAGCAAGCAUGCAAGAGUUAAGUUAUACAUUUGAAGUGCACAGCUUGACAAUAAAUUUGAUUUCAUAUCUAUCUAUCUAUCUAUCUAUCUAUCUAUCU